AUGGCCUCAGCCACUUCCCUGACCACCCUGGAAGAGGAAGUCAAUUGCCCCAUCUGCCAAGGCAUCCUGAGAGAGCCUGUUACCAUUGACUGUGGCCACAACUUCUGUAGGGGGUGCCUUACUCGCUACUGUGAAAUCUCUGAUUCUGAACCUGGUGAGCAACCCAUCUGUCCACUCUGCAAGGAUCCCUUCCAUCCUGGGGCGCUCCGGCCUAAUUGGCAGCUGGCCAGUGUCGUGGAAAACAUCGAGAGGCUGAAGUCGGCACCUCCUCCAGACCUGGAAGAAGACCUCUGUGAGGAACACGAGGAAAAAAUUUACUUCUUCUGUGAGGAUGAUGAAAAGCAGUUGUGUGUGAAGUGCCGUGAAGCCCUGGAGCACAGGACUCACACUGUGCGUUUCCUAGAGGAUGCAGCAGAUCCCUACAGGGAACAAAUCCAUAGAUGUCUAGAAUCUCUGAAGAACGAGAGAGAGGACAUUCAAGGACUCCAGUCCAGGGAAGAUCAAAGGAUCCGGGUCUUAUUGACUCAGGUGGCCACCAAGAGAGAGAAGGUCACCUCAGAAUUUGAGCGCAUGUGCCAGUUCCUGGAGAGGCAGCAGUACUUACUUUUGACCCAUCUGGAAAAGUUGGAUGGGGAUAUUUUGAAGCAGAAGAAUGAGUUCGAGUCCCUUGUCCAGAGUGAGAUCCGCCGUUUUAAUGCUUUGAUAUCAGAACUGGAAGAAAAACUGGAGCGCCCAGCCAGAGGACUGCUGAAGGACAUCAGGAGCACCCUGAUCAGGUGUGAAACCAGGAAGUGCCGGAAACCAGAGGCUGUGUCUCCUGACCUGGGGGAGAGGAUCCGGGACUUCCCUCAACAGACCCUUCAGCUGCAGGGGGAGAUGAAGAUGUUUUUGGAAAAAUUGCUCUUUGAACUGGACUAUGAGCCAGCCCAUAUCUUCUUAGACCCCCAGACAUCUCACCCCAAGCUCCUCCUAUCAGAAGAUCGCCAGCGGGCCCAGUUUUCCUACAAAUGGCAGACCUCGCCAGACAGUCCACAACGUUUUGACCGGGCCAUCUUCGUCCUAGCCCAGGCUGGCUUUGUGGGAGGGAGGCACACUUGGGUGGUAGCUGUGGACCUGGCCCAUGGGGGCAGCUGCACCGUGGGUGUGGUGAACCAGGAUGUCCGACGGAAAGGGGAACUCAGGCUUAGGCCGGAGGAAGGGAUAUGGGCAGUACGACUGGCGUGGGGUUUUGUUUCAGCCUUGGGCUCCUUCCCUACCAGGCUGUCCCUGGGAGAGAAUCCCAGGCAAAUCCGUGUCUCCCUUGAUUACGAGGUGGGCUGGGUGACAUUUAGCAACGCUACCACCCAAGAGCCCAUCUAUACCUUCACUGCCUCUUUCACUGGGGAGAUCUUUCCCUUCUUUGGGCUCUGGGGCAGAGGAUCCAGUUUCUCCUUGAGCCCUUGAAGGGGGAGAGACCCUCUUCUGGGUGAGGUAGGGGUGAGAGGGGUCAAGAGUGUGUUACAUUUAAGCUUGGUCCUAGUUGCCUGAGAAACUGAGAGAGACUGUGUCCAAGGACACGCGUUAGUGAGAAUCAAAAGAAUUUGAACCCUUAUUCUCUACCUUCCAAAUCUACUAGUGACUCCCAGAGAGGCUCAGGUCAUAGCCAUUCUCCCUCCUAAACCACCCUAGAGAAUUUCAAAGAAUUCCCCCAAGUCUACGUAUGGGUAAAGGGGAGUCAAGAGUUCAGUGGUGCCAGUCUAUGUGACCGAUGGUCCCAGACCCAUUCUACCAUUCUGGAUGGAGACUCAGUCUAAGAAGAAGAGAAAAGAACCUUGCCGAAGACUGAUGGGCUGAGAAUAUGAAACCAAAGGCUCUCGUCCGUCUUACGCAUCUUUUUGUCUCUGUACCAGGAUCACAAACACCUGGGGGCAUUUGUCUCUCUCUUGCUCUCUCCCACCCCUACUCUACUUACCAAUGAACGGAAACAGUGAGAAGAAGGGAAGGAACAAAAGACGACGAAGUGGUAGGAUAAGGGCGGUGAAGCCGUUGGUGGGGUCCCAGAUGCAGCCAAGGGGGUUUGUGUUUCAUGACCAAUGGUCUCCAGCCCAACGAAUGGCAAAUUAAUUCAACAUUCUCUUCUAACACUGGACAGUAAGGGUUAUCCAAGGGGAAGGGAGGAAGGGAGAUGGAAAAGUUCAGACUAGAAGAUCAGCAGUGGGAAUGGUGUCUUUAAGAGAUGGGCUUCCCUCUGGGAUUCUGGAAAGGGGACUGCAGCUACAUGUGUGACGUGCGCGGAGUAAUAGUGACUCCCAGAGAGCCGCUUCACUGUUGCUGGGACUUGGUGUAUGGCCUAACAUUUUACUGCAUGGGUAAAUAGAAUAGAAUGGGUGAAUAGGAAAUAGAAUGAUACAUUAGCUUUGUUUGACUCAUUUUGGAAUCUUAAAUUCUGCAAACAAUAAAACAUCACCUUGAUUGCCAGAGGGACUUGGGUUCUAUAGCAUAAAGGACUUCCUGUGAGAAGGGAUGUAGGGCACUGGAGAAGGGGACUAAGGGAGGUAAGCGUGAUCUUCUGUUUGAGUAUAUCCAUCUACAGCGAUUUCACUGGGCUCUUUCCUAGAGGUGGAUUUAGAUGAGAUGACUCACCAACAGCAGAAUUCACCUUUAUUGAUAGCAAAGAUGGAUUCUGAUUAACCUUGCCUCUCUGGAGUCCGCAGGUGGCCGGUGCACUCCGUUCCUUCUCUCUGUUUCCAAUCAGUUCACAAUUACCCAGAGUGAUGGUUUAUUUGCAAUAAAUCUUAUUGACAUUAUUUGUUUAACCGCCUUCUUUAUUAAAGUGUUCGAUCAUUUCA